AUGCACAAAUUGAAGACGCCACACCACCAACACCGACUUCUGUUCUUCCCCAAUAUACCAUCACACCACGGAAACCAGCACAUCAUCGAACAAAGAUUGGAUCUUUACCACUUUCGCCCUUCGUUUUUCUCUAAAACAUCCCAAACCAAUGUUGGCUUCAUCAUUCGCUGCUUGAAUUUGGGGCGGCCAUUUUUGUCUCUCUCAUUCGUUAUCACUUUUCCUCUCAAAAACGUAUGUCAUCGCCUUUAUCAGAUCUUCAAGCACACACGCAAAAGAACUGCAGGUAUUCUUUCUUUUGCGGCUGAAGGCUUGAAGGGACACCACAACAAUGCAGAUUUAGUUAUAAGUAGAUUGCAUAGUCAUGUGCUUCCUAACCCUAAAUUUCAAGGAGACAAGUCGCAUAGAUUGCUGGUCUACCAUAUAGUUGGAACCCUUGAUUGCAUAUCUGUCAACAAAAAAACAGUUAUUGGAUGUUUCUUAUAUGGUGUCAUGGUUGAUGAUGUUAUUUAUGAUUCAUACAUGGCUGUUAUCAAGCAUAGCUAUGGAGUGAUACUGUAUGAAAAGAAGAAUGUUGAAAGAGCUCUAAAACAUGGAAUUGAGAAAUUCCCAGAUAGCUUGAGCUUGAAGGAGUGGUGUGAAAAAAACGAAAAAAUGUUCAAAGAAAUUAAAAAUGCAGAAAGUGGAGGAAUGAAAGACAAAGAUUCUAGUUUUGAUGGUCAUAGUAACAAAGGAGAUGGAGAUGGUGUUAAAGAAUCAAAAUUUUCACUAACUAGAGGAUUGGUAGUUGAUGGGGAAAAGAAAGUUGAUGGUGGAGGUUUCAGUACACCUCAAAUGGAUAAGGUAGGGAAUACAGAUAAUCUGACAUGUUCACAAUUCUUGGAGAAUCAUGAAGUUUUGGCAACUGCAAUUAAAAUGACGGAUGAGGCUGUGUUGGAAAGUUUUAAAAAGGAGAAAAAAAGAGGGAAUAAAGUCAUGGAAACAGUUGAGGUAUGGGAGGAAGAUGAUGACCAUGGAAAAAGGGGGAAAAAAGAUCAAAAGAUACAUGUAUAUGGAGAAUCACCUUUUCUUGAAAGGAUAGUUAGAAUGAGUGAUAAGGUGAAGAAGGUGUUGGAUAAGCAUUUGAGGCAUCACACUUGGGAUGCUAGGCUCACAAGGUUUCAAGGAACACCCACAACAACAAGGGAGGAGAUAUGGAACAUUGGUAGCGGGCAUGUGUUUCAUCAAGGAUUCUCGUAUCAUUUUAAAAGCAACACGUUUAUUCAUGCGAUAAUCAUUGACUGUUGGUCAUCAUUACUCAACAGAAUGGAGGAACUUAGGGAUGUAGGAUUAGUUUCUAGAGUAUUAUUUAACACAAAUUUUUUGAAGAGAUACUGGGUGGAUCAUUGUCACCUGAAAGAACUUAAGAAUUAUUUGAUUCGAUGUUGA